UAUUCAAUUGAAUAUAGGUUGAAAAGGAUUUGCAAAUCAUUGUAUUCUGUUCUUAUUUACCUUUUACACAACGGGCCAAGUUCACUGGUUUUGGGUUUUGUAAGUAAAUGAAACAGAUGAUUUACAAAGUUUUGCGGCUUUUACAUAAAAAGUCAGACUUUUGUUCGCAGUGUCCAACAGUCAAAGUCGUCCCCUCAGUAAAUGAUGAAUUCAUGAGGGUCAGGUGAGUCCUUUUGGUCCAUUUCAACUGUGAAUACCAACAUGCAUCAAAUAAAUGUGAGUGGUAAUCUGAUGACGACAAGACUAGUUUAGUAACCAUUUUUUAUACUUGAUAUUUACCUAAGCUUCAAUACUAUGAGUAGUUGUUAGUCAUUGAACUACAGUAUAUCCUGUUUAUUGAUUUUCUUAGAUCAAAUUCCUGUGAAUGAUUGACUUAUAGUCUAUUACCUACAUGCGACCAUGCCCGGGUUAAGCAUUCUAGAUAAUGUUUGCCUGGUUGAAGUGAGGAGAAAGCUCAAACUCUGUGCACUUCAAGCUCGCGCUGCUUUCUAACAACAUCAUGUUCUUCUGGCUGAUCUUUGCAGCCUCUGCGGGUUGCCUUUUUUUGCGCUUCCCUUACUUCUACCAGGACGUCAAACACAUCGUGUCAAAGCUGAGAACGAGGCGCAGGGUGCUGGACUACAUCCAGAGGAACUACACCAUCCUGGACCGCUUCUUAGAAGUGGCCGAUUCUCAGCCGCACGAGCCGCUCUUCCUCUUCAAAGAUGACACCUUCACCUACCGGGACGCCGACCAGCUCAGCAACAAGGCGGCCAGAGCGUUGCUGCACAGCGGCCUGGUGCAGCAGGGCGACACGGUGGCCUUGUUCAUGGGGAACGAGCCCGUGUUUGUGUGGCUCUGGUUGGCUCUGUUCAAGCUGGGAUGUUCGGCGGCACUGCUCAACGCCAACAUCAGGUCUAAAGGUCUUCUUCACUGCUUCAAGUGCAGCGGGGCCAAAGUCCUGCUGGUGGCUCAAGACUUGCAGGGUCCAGUGGAGGAGGUCCUGCAGGAGCUGGAGGAGCAGCAGGUGUCCACACUGGUGAUGGGCACAGCGUGCAGCAGUGCAGGCGUGCUGAGCUUCACAGACAAGAUGAGCCAGAUGUCCUCUGAGCCGCUAUCUCCAGACCUGAGGUCGCAUGUCACGCUGCAGAGUCCUGCAGUGUACGUGUACACGUCAGGGACGACAGGUCUCCCCAAGGCAGCCUUGCUCACUCAUUCCAAACUUUGGGGCAUGACCACGAUUCUUCGUUCCUCGGGGUUGACCUCCAGAGAUGUGAUUUAUAUCAGCCUCCCUCUCUAUCACACUGCUGGCUUUGUUGGCUUCGCAGGAGCCAUUGAUAUGGGUAUCACGGUUGCACUGAAGAAUAAAUUUUCUUCGUCUCAGUUCUGGGACGACUGCAGAAAAUACAACGUGACGGUCAUCCAGUACAUCGGAGAAAUCAUGCGUUUUGUCUGCAACACGCCAAAGAAACCCAAUGAGCGAAACCACAAAGUCAGACUCGCAAUUGGCAACGGGAUCAGAGCCAAUGUUUGGAGGGAUUUCCUGGACCGCUUCGGAGACAUUGAAAUCAUGGAGCUCUACGGUGCAACGGAAGGCAACUUCUUUUUGAUGAAUUACUGCGGAAAGAUUGGAGCUGUCGGGCGAGCAAGCUUCUUAUACAAAUGGUGUUUCCCCUUUGCGAUGAUCAAGUUUGACGUGGACAAGGGAGAACCUGUGAGGGAUUCUACAGGUCUCUGCAUCCAAGUUCCCACAGGCGAGCCAGGACUUCUGGUGUCAGAAAUCUCGGCGGGGGCUCCUUUCCUGGGCUACGCCAGAGACCUGCAGCAGACUGAGAAGAAAAAACUCCACGAUGUCCUCAAGAAAGGAGACGUCUUCUUCAACACGGGCGACCUGAUGCUCAUCGACCACGACGGCUUCUUUUACUUUCAAGAUCGACUGGGCGACACUUUCAGGUGGAAAGGAGAGAACGUGUCCACCAAUGAGGUGACAGACGUCCUCACUGAGGCCGACUGCAUUGCUGAGGCUAGCGUGUAUGGUGUGGAAGUUCCAGGACACGAGGGGAGGGUAGGGAUGGCGGCCGUCGCUCUCAAAGACGGACAAACCUUCGAUUGUGUUUCCGUCUUCAAGCACCUUGAGGACUUCUUGCCGGCCUACGCCAGGCCACGUUUCAUCAGGAUCCAGAGCUCCUUGGACAUCACGGUCACGUUCAAAACCAUGAAGACUAAACUGGUUAAGGAAGGCUUCAAGGUGACAGAAAUAAAAGAUCCCAUUUAUUUUCUGGCUGAAAAGGAGAAGAAAUACGUUCCUUUUACGGUGGAAUUAUUCCAUGCGGUUACGUCGGGGGACAUGAAAUUAUAACGCGUUCUUUUGUUGAAAAGUGAUGGUGAUGACUGAAAUCUAACCCAUCGUGGUGACUACAUUAUUUGGGAUGGGCAACGCACAAUGGUGCUCAAAUUUACUGUGUGUUGUUUGUGACAAA